CGCCUCCUCCUUCCUUCUUUCGCUCCUCCGACGGCUCCUUCCUUCCGCCUCCUCGGAUCCUCACCGCCAUUAUGGGCUUCGGUGACUUGAAAUCGGCCUCCGGACUCAAAGCGCUGAACGGCUUUCUGUCGGAGCGCAGCUACAUCGAGGGGUAUGUCCCAUCUCAGGCCGAUGUGGCUGUCUUCGAGGUGAUCUUGGCUCCACCCACGUCCGACCUGAGCCACGCCCUCCGCUGGUACAACCACAUCAAGUCCUACCAGAACCAGAAGAGCAGUCUCCCAGGUGUGAAGAAGCCUCUAGGUCAGUAUGGCCCUGCAGGAGUGGCUGACACCACCUCAGGCUCCGCCCCUGCCACCAAGGAGGAUGAUGACGACAUCGACUUGUUCGGCUCCGAUGAAGAGGAGGACGCAGAAGCAGAAAGACUGAAGGAGCAACGGCUGGCAGAGUACGCUGCCAAGAAAUCAAAGAAACCCACCCUCAUCGCCAAAUCUUCGAUCCUAUUGGACGUCAAGCCGUGGGAUGAUGAGACGGACAUGUCCAAGCUUGAAGAGUGUGUCCGCAGUAUUCAGAUUGACGGGCUGGUCUGGGGACAGUCCAAACUGGUCCCAGUCGGUUACGGCAUCAAGAAGCUGCAGAUCGGUUGUGUGGUGGAAGACAACAAGGUGGGCACAGACCUCCUGGAGGAACACAUCUCGGCCUUUGAGGACUUUGUUCAGUCGAUGGACGUCGCAGCUUUCAACAAGAUCUAAAAACAAACUUUAAUAAAAAGCACUUCAACACAAAA